UUGGCGUGACCCAGCACCAUGGCGAGUGUUCCUGCUCUCCCUGUUACUCUACCAAGAAUCAGUGACCUUUGAGGAUGUGGCUGUGAACUUCACCCUGGAGGAGUGGGCUUUGCUGGAUCCUUCCCAGAAGAAGCUCUUCAGAGACGUGAUGCAGGAAACCAUCUGGAACCUGACCACUAUAGGAAAACAAUGGAAAAAUCAGGACAUCAUCAAUGAUCACUGCAAUUCCAGAGGAUAUCUGAGAAUUCAAGAAGUAGAGAGACUCUGUGAACAGAAAGAAGAUAAUCAAUGUGGAAAACUCUUCAACCACAUCAUAGAUUCUCUUAUACAUAAGAGAAGUUCUUCUUCUGGAGUAAAACCAAGUGAGCACCAUGUAUAUGGAGAAGUCCUUAUUGCUGAUUCACCCCUAACCGUGCCUCUGACAGUUCACACUGUACACAAAGGACGUGAGUAUCAGCAACAUGGAAAGAAACCAUAUGAACAUAAGGAACAUGGGAAAGACCUCCAUUAUUGCCUACAUUUUCAGAAGCAUGAAAAAACUCACACAGCAGAGAAAUCCAGUGUGUGUAAGCACUGUGGAAAAGCUUUUUGUUGUUUCAGAUCUCUUCAAACACAUGAAAGAAAUCACACAGGAGAUAAACAACAUGUGUGUAAGCAUUGUGGAAAAGGCUUUAGUUCUGCUAGGCAUAUGGAAACACUUGAACAAAUUCACACUGGAGAGAAACCUUUUAAGUGCAAACAAUGUGGGAAAGACUUUACUCUUCUCAGUUCCCUUCAAAGACAUGAAAGAAGUCACAUCGGAGAAAAACCCUAUGUAUGUAAGCAAUGUGGAAAAGCCUUUAGUUCUUCUACUCACUUGAAAACACAUGAACAAAUUCACAGUGGAGAGAAACCCUAUACAUGUAAGCAAUGUGGAAAAGCCUUUAGUUCUUUCUAUUACAUUAAAAUCCAUGAACGAAUUCAUAGUGGAGAGAAACCCUAUGUAUGUAAACAAUGUGGGAAAGCCUUUUCUUUUCUCAGUUCCCUUCAAAUGCAUGAAAAAAUUCAUAGCCACAAGAAACCCUGUGUAUGUAAGCAGUGUGGGAAAGGCUUUAGUUCUUCCAGCUACCUUAAAAUACAUGAACAAAUUCAUAGUGGAGUUAGACCUUAUGUGUGUACUCAAUGUCAAAAAGCUUUUAGUUCUUAUGGGUACCUUAGGAAGCAUGAAAGAAUUCAUAGUGAAGCGAAACCUUACACAUGUAAACAAUGUGGGAAACCUUUCAGACAUUCUGAUGCAAUCAGAAAACAUGAAAAAACCCACACUGGUGAAAAACCCUAUGUAUGUAAGCAAUGUGGAAAAGCCUUUCGUUCUUCCUAUUACAUUAAAAUCCAUGAACGAAUUCAUAGUGGAGAGAAACCCUAUACAUGUAAACAAUGUGGGAAAGCUUUUCAUUUCUUCAGAUACCUUCAAAGACAUGAAAUAAUGCACACUGGAGAGAAGCCCUAUGUAUGUAAGCAGUGUGGAAAAGGCUUUAGUACUUCUACUCACUUGAAAACACAUGAACAAAUUCACAGUGGAGAGAAACCUUAUACAUGUAAACAAUGUGGAAAAGCCUUUAGUUCUUCCUAUUCCAUUAAAAUCCAUGAACGAAUUCAUAGUGGAGAAAAACGGUAUACAUGUAAACAAUGUGGGAAAACUUUUCAUUUCUUCAAAUCUCUUCAAACGCAUGAAAGAAAUCACACAGGAGAUAAACAACAUGUGUGUAAGCAUUGUGGAAAAGGCUUUAGUUCUGCUAGACAUAUGAAAACACAUGAACAAAUUCACAGUGGAGAGAAACCUUUUAAGUGCAAACAAUGUGGGAAAGACUUUACUCUUCUCGGUUCCCUUCAAAGACAUGAAAGAAGUCACAUGAGAGAGAAACCCUAUGUAUGUAAGCAAUGUGGAAAAGCCUUUAGUUCUUCCUAUUACAUUAAAAUCCAUGAACAAAUUCAUAGUGGAGAGAAACCCUAUGUAUGUAAACAAUGUGGGAAAGCCUUUCCUUUUCUCAGUUCCCUUCAAAUGCACGAAAAAAUUCAUAGUCAAAAGAAACCCUAUGUAUGUAAGCAGUGUGGGAAAGGCUUUAGUUCUUCCAGCUACCUUAAAAUACAUGAACAAAUUCAUAGUGGAGUUAGACCUUAUGUGUGUACUCAAUGUCAAAAAGCCUUUAGUUCUUAUGGGUACCUUAGGAAGCAUGAAAGAAUUCACAGUGAAGCGAAACCUUACACAUGUAAACAAUGUGGGAAACCUUUCAGACAUUCUGAUGCAAUCAGAAAACAUGAAAAGACUCACACUGGUGAAAAGCCCUAUGUAUGUAAGCAAUGUGGAAAAGCCUUUCGUUCUUCCUAUUACAUUAAAAUCCAUGAACAAAUUCAUAGUGGAGAGAAACCCUAUACAUGUAAACAAUGUGGGAAAGCUUUUCAUUUCUUCAGAUACCUUCAAAGACAUGAAAUAAUGCACACUGGAGAGAAGCCCUAUGUAUGUAAGCAGUGUGGAAAAGGCUUUAGUACUUCUACUCACUUGAAAACACAUGAACAAAUUCACAGUGGAGAGAAACCCUAUACAUGUAAACAAUGUGGAAAAGCCUUUAGUUCUUCCUAUUACAUUAAAAUCCAUGAACGAAUCCACAGUGGAGAGAAACCUUAUAAGUGCAAACAAUGUGGGAAAACCUUUCGUUUUCCCAAUUGCCUUCCAAUGCAUGAACAAAUUCACAGUGGGAAGAAACCCUAUGUGUGCAAGCAAUGUGGAAAAGGCUUUAGUUCUUCUAGUGACAUUAAAACACAUGAACAAAUUCAUAGUGGAGAGAAACCUUAUAAGUGCAAACAACGUGGGAAAACCUUUCGUUUUCCCAGUUGCCUUCAAAUGCAUGAACAAAUUAACAGUGUGAAGAAACCCUAUGUGUGCAAGCAAUGUGGAAAAGGCUUUAGUUCUUCUAGUGACCUUAAAACACAUGAACGAAUUCAUAGUGGAGAGAAAACUUACGAUUGUAAGUAAUGUGGAAAAGCCUUUAGUUCUUCCAGGUACCUUAAAAAACAUGAACGAAUUCACAGUGAAGAGAAAAACCUAUACAAGAAAAACCUACAGAAAUAGCCAACCAAAGGAGAAACCAAGUCAAGUUAAAAACCAAAAAUAAGUCCAAAUGACCAGGAAUACAAGACAUAUCUCAAUAAUAGCCCUGAAUGUUAAUGGCCUAAACUCAUCAAUUGAAAGAC